AUGUUUUUGAGUGACCUAGUAUUGGGAAUUUCCUUCCUCUCUCAGACUAUGGUCGGCGUGCUGGGGAACACAGCGAUGUUCUUGAUGUAUGUCCACAUCUUCGUGGCUCAACCCCAGCAGAAAAAGCCCACGGACCUGAUCCUCACCCAUCUGACUGUGACCAACAUGGUGACCCUGCUGACAAGGGGUGUUCCAGAGACGAUGGUGGCCUUUGGGAUGAAGAAUAUUCUGGAUGACAUUGGGUGCAAGGUAAUAUUGUACAUGAGGAGAGUAGCCCGUGGCCUGUCCAUCUGCAUCACCUGUCUUCUGAGUGUCUUCCAGGCAGUCACCAUCAGUCCCAGUACCUCCUGGUGGUCCCAGUUCAAGCCUAGGGCCUCCCAUUACAUCCUCCCUUCCCUCUUCAUCUUCUGGCUCCUCAAUAUGCCAAUCCCCAUCAAUAUUAUUACAUUUGCUAAAGCCACCAACAGUGCCACCUCCACAGAUCAUACCUACAUCACAAAAUACUGUUCUACUACACCCAAGAACAAUGUUGCUAGAGUCACUCUAACUUUAACUGCCUCAACUCUCCGAGAUUUCAUCUUUGUGUUUCUCAUGAGCUGGGCCAGUGGCUACAUGGUGAUCGUGUUACGCAGACACCACAGACAAGUCCAGCACAUCCACAGCACCAGCCGCUCCCCGAAAUCCUCUGCGGAGGCCAGAGCCAUUCACACCAUCCUGCUCCUCGUCAGCUGCUUUGUUUGUUUCUAUUGCAUCAACAGCCUUAUCACUCUUCAUUUGAGCUUCGUGAAGGAACAUGACCCUGAAUUGCAGAGUGUCAUGAACUUCCUGUCAAUGUGUUUUCCUGCACUCUCCCCCUUGGUGUUGAUCCACAAGGAUCCCCGUUUCCCCCAGAUCCCAAUGUGUCUUUGA